AUGCAGCCUCUGGACGACGUCUCGGUGUAUCUGGCUCGGCCGGUCUACGUGUCGGAGUUGAAAGAGCUCUUCGCGCUCGUGCCCGAGGACUGGGAGCCGGUGCUGCAAAGGUCGGCGGUGGGGGAGAGUGAGCUGUGGCUCGGUGGCGCUGACGGGAACCUGAAGGCUCCGCCACUGCCGUGGCGCCUGUGGCUGAGGACAUUGCCGUGGUCGACAAUAAUCUAUGGAGCCGUCGGUACUCUCAUCAUAGGCUCCACGAUCUGGGCGGGGAACGAAUAUCGUAAGAGCGCAGCGCAGCGGAGAGCAUAUCUUGAGUACAAAAAACCCUCGUCGCUGCCCCCUAACUGCUGGGAAAUGGGUCCGGCGACCGCCCUCGGUGUGAACCCGCUCUGGAAGGUGGGAGAGUCCUUGCCGACGGAACCCUGCGACAGCGGCGUCCUGUACUGCCAAAAGAUGUCCUUCUUCUGGAACUGUCACCAGUUCGGAAGCCCCUGGCCCGAUCCCUUCCUAGGCGCCUGGCACUCUGCCACUCGGUCGCGCCCGCUCCCAUUCGAUAAGUGCGCCGUCUUCUGUCGAACUCCCGACGAAGUAAACAGCGCUCUCGGCAGAAGGCUUCUCAAACAUUUCCCCCUCCCGGACCAGUCGAGCAUAUCGCCCGAGGAGCAAGUCCAACGAGUCGUCGCGUCACUCAUUCGCAACCCCAAGUGCUCAGGCACAGGCGUCUCGUGGCGGGAAAUCAACAACCUACACGACUGCCACUGCGACGUUGCCCACGUUACCUGCGAGGUGGUGGUAAAUAGCGACCAGACAACGCAUAAUGUCACUCUCACCGACUUUGGUGAACCCCUGCCCACGGUAUCUGGUUCCUUCGCCGAAUACCCGGAACAGGAAUACAGCGUCAACAACUGCUCUCACGAAUGCUACAACCGAAGCACUGCUUAA